AUGAAACAAUCUUUUGAUACCCUCAAAAAUCAACAAGUUAAAAUUCUAAGUAGUAUUAGUGACAUCCAUAAACAAAAUGGUGAUAUUAUUAAAUCCAUGGACUUUAUCUCAAAACAGUAUGAUGAAAUCAAAGAUCGAUUGUGUAAAAUGGAAACUGAAAGAAAAAUGCAUUUAGCCUAUAUUCAGACCCUUGAAUUAAAAGUGGAGAAUCUCGAGAGAUUUCAAAAACAGGCUAGUAUUGAGAUAAAGAAUAUCUCUGUCAAACAUAACGAGACUAAAGAUGUCUUGUUACAGAUAGCAAAAAAAGUUGGUCUAGUUACUAACACCCUUAUUGAAGACUCUCUCAUUCGCGAUGUAUUUCGCUUGAAUGAAGAUAAACGGGGAAAUAGGCCGUUAAUGGUAGAAUUUACAACUGCUAUUUUAAAAGAAAAGAUUUUAACAUCCGUCAAAAAUUAUAACCAAUCCGGUUAA